UGCUUCUCCAUCUCAAGAGGUCACGUGAUCAUUCAGCAUCUAGUAUAAAUAUUUACAUCAGGUCUGUUCCCUAACAUUCAUUGUUCCUCACAUCUUCAGACACUUUGGUUCCUCUAAGUUGGCUGCAGAAGACACACCAGCGCUUAUCUGAACACAACAAAUGGAAGCGUAUACUGGAACUUGGGAACUUGUGAAGGAGGAGUCAACUGGAGUGGAGGAAUUCAUCGAAGCAUACGCAGACAUGCCGGACAUGGAGAAGAAGAGACUGAGACACAGCAGCAGUACCUUGACCUACCGACGUGAUGGCGACCAAUGGUUCGUGGACAGUGUCAGUGGUGACCGUACGGAUACCAUGGAACUAUGUCUUGGAAAGGAAUAUUCCUACGAAUUCGGCUCCAGUGAAGCUAAGGCCACGGCUACAAUUGAAAAUGGCAAGAUCGUAGGAACCCACACCUCGAAGGACAAAGUCAUCAAAUCAGUGAGCUACAUCACCGGUGACCGACUGAUCAUGGAAAUAACUGCCAAUGGAGUGACUAUGGUAACCAAGUAUAAAAGACAAUCAUAAGUUGGCAGUGGAGACACAUGUAGUUUCUCUUCAUUCUAAGUCUCUCUGUUAUUUCUUCUCGGGCUCAUUCCUUGUCAUUUCUGUAACAAUUUUGCAUUUGCUUGCUUAUUUGACAACCUUAAAUAAUCCUUUUUGUCAUGCAAUAGUCAGUCUCCGCCUAUUGUCUAUGUUUUCAAUAUACAUUACAGUAAAAUUAAUUGUAGCAAAUAAGAAUAUUUUUAUCUUCAUUUGUUAUUUUAUUGUGGGCUUAUACCAACAUUUUACAGAAUACAAUUUAUACAGACAAUGUCAUAUUGUCUUACUGUCGUGAGCGGAAAUUCUUGAUAAUGUGAUUAAUUAAGAGGCAGUACUAUCCUGUGAAAUGGACAACUGUGAGUUGAUGUUUGUGUCUCUUUAUAAAUAAACAUCACAGAACACA